CUCCAGACACAUGUAUUCGUCCCGUUUCUUUUUUCGGAGAAGAGACACGGCCAAACCACAUGGAUUUUGGCAGAAAAUGUUUUUGGUCCCCCACCUGAGACGCAGGAAGACCAACAUUGAACAUGCUCUUAAGUCGGUUUUCAAGGAGGCACAGCAUCCGCUUCCCUCACCAAUGUUUUGUUUCCCCCCACAUACUCAGGCGGAUUGUCUAAAUUUUCUCCCCUCCCAUCAUUUGAGCUCCUCAAAGUUUCUUCCUCCCUCCUCCCCUCCGUUCUUCGCAUACGUUGAUCACAAACUCAUCUUUGAUCCUACUCCCUCGUCUCCAGGCACACGUCGCAUUUAUAGUGAAUUCAGUGCUUUUGUUCUCCCACACAUUUUCUGACAGUCUGUGUGCUUUUCCUCUCUCCUCCCAUUGUUCCAUUUUUCGGCGUUAUUCUCGCUUCUCCACACCUCUGACUCUUAUAGUAGAGGGUUUCUUAUUUUUUUUUUU